AAUCAGGUGCUUCCAACGCAGAAAGCCCAGGAAACUGUCUGUGCAGCUGCAGGGAGAAAGAGGCUCCUGCAGGGCCCUGAUUCAGCAGGGGGAAUGCACCAGCUGAGAGAGGCUGAGGAGAAGGGCAAACUCCAGGCAGGAGGCGCUGGGAAGCAGGGGCUGUGCCCAGCUGAAACUGGGAUGAAGACUGUGUGCCAGCCUGAGUCAGGGAAGAACUCUACUUACAAACCACAAGCGUGGAUGCUGGUGUCGGGAGUUUUCCCACGUCGCCCCACACCCGAUCUGAAGAGAUCCCCUUUAGGAAGUUUGUCCCAGGGUUGUACGUCCUUUUAAUUGGCUGGAAAAUAUUCUUCCUGUGAAGUUCCAGUGCUCUGGUGCUUGAAUGAGCACAGCAUCCCAUUGGCUGCCCAUACCACCUCCUGAUUGGCUCCAGAUCCUGGAGGGGGAUAGAUAAGGCCGGCUAUAAAAGCCCUGAGCUUUGCUCUUGGUCCCCCAGUGAGCAGGAGCUAGGGGUACAAGCGGAGCAAGGCUGCAGCAGUACUAAGUCCUUGACAGACUCCUUUCUCCGUGAGUGUAUCCAGAUCCGCAUCUUUGCUGAAGCCGAAGAAAGAAGAGACACUCUCAAAAACUUAGCGGAAACUUGUCAGAGAAUGCUCCAAAAGUCAGUUAUUCUCCUGCUGCUGGUGAUCAGUGCUUCUGCAUCCUAUGAAGCCGAACAGAAUGACUCUGUGAGCCCCAGGAAAACCAGGGUUGCAGCACAGAAUUCAGCUGAAGUGGUUCGCUGUUUAAAUAGUGCCCUCCAGGUGGGUUGCGGUGCGUUUGCCUGCCUGGAGAACUCUACGUGCGACACGGAUGGCAUGUACGACAUCUGCAAGUCCUUCCUCUAUAGCGCUGCUAAAUUUGAUACUCAGGGAAAAGCCUUUGUGAAAGAGAGCCUGAAAUGCAUUGCAAACGGAGUUACUUCCAAGGUUUUCCUUGCCAUUCGGAGGUGCUCCACUUUCCAAAGAAUGAUCUCAGAGGUGCAGGAGGAAUGUUACAGCAAACUGGACAUGUGCAGCAUUGCAAAGCGUAAUCCUGAAGCAAUCACUGAAGUUGUCCAGUUUCCAAAUCACUUCUCAAACAGGUAUUACAACAAGCUCGUGAGAAGCUUACUGGAAUGUGAUGAAGAGACUGUCGGCACCAUCAAAGACAGUUUGAUGGAGAAGAUAGGACCCAACAUGGCCAGCCUCUUCCAUCUGCUGCAAACAGACCACUGCUCUCAAACGCACCCCAGAGCAGACUUCAACAGGAGACGCAUCAUCGAGCCUCAAAAGCUAAAAAUCUAUUUUAGGAGCCUCCGAGGUGAGGGGUCUAUUCCAUCCCAUGUGAAACGUACCUCUUCAGAAAGUGCAUAAUUCCUUAGGGGAGAGAGAAUGGGUGUGUAGGGGAUCUAAACAUGACCAAUAUAGAAGCCUCUUUUUCUAGGAGAGUUAAUACACCCAUCCAAAUGUACUGUAGGCUGAUUUUAAGAACAAUUAGAAACUGGUUUUAGAUAUAGUCGUUCAUAUUUUCUAUCCCUCUCAAACCAAUUUGCAUGGAACUAGGCUUCUGUGUUCAAUGUCCCAGCUUUCUGCCUUUGAAAUUUCUCCAUCUCUUCUCUUCCCCACCAAAAAAAAAAAGGGAAAUCAUGAACCUAGGCUUUUAUAACAGUCAGUUCUUCAGCAGACACCAAAUUAUCAAUGAACUGUAGCUCAAACACCCUUGCAGUUUGAAACCAACUCUAAUAGUUUAACCUUAUUAAUAGGAUGAGGCUGGUAGGUGGUGAUAUCUUUAGGAUAGAUCCAUUAAAAGCUAUCAGUGGAAUUUGUGUUAUGAAUCUGUGCUGGCCAUGGACGAAUAUGAAUGUCAUGUUUGGAUUCUUGGUCUCAGUGACAUACAGUCUUAAUCCUCUCUUGUAAAACUCCCUUACCCAGUUAAUCUACCACAAUCAGGUCUAGCACUUACGAAACAUGGAGGACUGUUUGUUUAGUAUUGCCCUGCAUCUCAGUGCAAAAACGACAGCAUGGGGUGCAAGACCAUGUGGUGACAGCGGAUUUUUAAGUUGGUCAGUCUUUGCAUUGGUUUAAAAACCCCAGCAUCUUUAUGUACUGUAUCUAACUGUUAAAAGCUUUAAAAGAAUCCUUAACAAAACUGUCUUAAAACUAGAGUAUUAAAGGUCUUGCUUUAACUGUGGUAUACAUAGUUUUAAAAUCUGUCAUGUACUGUACAUAAAUUCCAGAAGAGUCUGCUUGAAAGAAGCAGAAUAUAAUAAUGUUAUUGCAUAUAAAUUUAGUUUUGUACCUUAGCUUUAUUUUUUUCCCCUGGAAACACUAUCUCUGUCAUGUUCAAAAGUACACAUUCCUCACGGUGGCCUUUUUCUAAUGAAAGAGAGAGAAAUUGUUUAAUCAUGUAUUAGAAUUGGACCAGGCAAAAGAACUGGUGAGUAGCUAUUCAUACUCACCGAUAGGCUGGAUUCCGACCGCCCGAGCUACCUUCAGAGGUUACCACGGUACUGUACUUGCAUCCCAGCUGGAAGUCCUGCUAAAAAGCAAAUCUGGGAAUUGUCAAACGGCUGACAGACCAACUCUUAAAUAUCACGGCUGCAGCCUUCAGAAGGGUCACGUCUGAGCCACGCCAGGUAUGUCUAAAGGUAGCCGGGCAAUCCAAAACACAUGCAUCACUGUGCCUGUUGCGAGCCACUUGAAACGCAGGGCCUGCAAGCCUGCCUUUCCUACGAUGCUCUUCUGAAAAAAGAAGAUCUGACCGAGGCUUACAAGUUGGGUUUUUUGGCACGCCUAGCUGAAGGCCUCCACAGGAGCCUGUCUUGGGUUCUGUACGCCAGAAAAAGCAACCUUGUGUUGUGGCUUGGGAGCAGCAGGGCUGAUUCCAAAAUCUACCCCGUUGGAAACUAGGUCUGGGGGGUAGCUGACUCUGGUUCGGCUCGUUCAGAAGCGAAUCAAGUUCUGUAAAAGGCUAACGGGGGGGCAUCUCUCUUUGCAGAAUAUAAAGCAAUAGAACUUCUCAACCACAAAGCCUUUAAACAAUGACUUGCUGCUAAUAUAUUAAAACCAGAUGCAGUGACAGCAUUUCCAGAAUUGCUGUCUUCAUUAAAUGUAGCCCGAAAGCGCUGUCGUAAAAUUGUAAGCAGCAAAAAAUGUUGCUGACAGUGAUUUUUGUAAUAUAUAGAGAGAGAUACUCUGAAUCAUGCAGUCCAGUUCAAGCUAGGUGCAACACUGUCAGGUAUACUGGAAUCCAGCGUAAGGAGGAUGCAAUCCUACACGGUGCUGCAUGCUUCCCAGUGGGAAUUACGGGUGCUCAAGUAGCAAGGGCUUGAUUUUACCAGGUGCAGGUGCUCAGCACUUUGGGAGAGGUACUUUUUGAGAUGCACCAUUAGGAAAGGGGCAUUAGAACAGGAAGUCUACCAGAAUUUGGGUAUCAAGUACACAACACCGUUACAUAGGGGCGUGUCUACACUGGGGAUUUGCUCCAAAUAGAGCUACCGUCCCUUUACAUACAGAGUGCAAAGCCGCUAUUUCAACCAGUAAAACUCACCUUGUGAAGCAGGUCGAACACUUGCCCUCCGAACAUUGUGUUGUUGGAAAAAGCUGUCAACCCAUUUUCCAACUAUUUGUAUAAACACUGCUUAGGGUUUUGUGUUGUUUUUUUUUCCCUAAGGCUAUUUAAAUGCCCAACAUUUUGAAUGUUAAGUGGAAACUUUUUUUGGUUGUCAAAAAAAAUGUGGUUUUUCAAUCAGAUCCCCAAAAGUAGAAAACAUUUCCAAUCAAUUCUUAACAGUUUUUCACCUGGGGAGGACAGGGGAGUAGUCCUUUCCUGAGCAACCCUAUUACUGUGGUUUCAAGCAGGGAUAAAUCUCAUCUAGUGGCUUUACUUCCUCCCCCCAAGCAACUACUCAGCGUAGAGAAAAUCUAAUCCACAAAAAUAUUUGAGCUGCUUAGUUUAUGCCUAAUGUCUCACUUUUUCCCCCUUGGCCUAUAGUAACACUAGCACUGCACUACAGUCACACAAUUUUUAUAGGGAAAAAUGAUUUUCAGUGUAGAGUCUGACUGUUUCACACCCAUUUAAUCUCUAAUGCUUUUUUUUUUGGUCUUGUGCUCACUGCAAAGUGAUUUUCUUGGGGGUCGAGGGGCUUAUCUAGAAGCGUUUGCAUGAUUCUCAUUGUGAUUUGUUUGCACUUUAGACAUGUUUGUGCCAUUAUAAAUUUGCAUUAUGUAUUUAUAAUUUAAUGAUACUUAGGGGGGUUUGGUUUGGUUUUUUUGACUGAUUACUGGAAUAAACAGUGAGCAUAUCUGGGAUAUGUCAUUAUUUAUUGUUAAAUUACAUUUUUAAAGCUCCAUAUGUUCAUAUAAAGGUUAUUUGAAACAUAUCAUGGUAAUGAGAGAUGCAAGUUAUUUUCUUUGCUUAUUUUUAUAAUUAAAGAUGCAUAACUUAA